AUGGCCGGCAUCUACCGACGUUCGCUUGCCCGUGUGGGUCGCAAGGACUCCGAGAUCGCAGAGAUUCGCACCACACCUGCCGACGAGCUUUCGUCGUGGCUGGGUGACGACGUCUGCACCAACUGCGGUGCCUCGACACCCCACGGCAAGCUCUUCUGCUCCGAAGCUUGCAAACUCGCCGACGCUAGCGAGGUAGCGCACGCCUCUCUCAUCGAGAGCCUGGCUUCGCCUCUGCCCCCCUCCGACGAGUUCAGCAAGGGCGACAAUGGCGUCAAGUUCCGCUACCCUUGCCCGCCUUCCCCCAGCCUGCUCGCUCAAAUGUCAGCACCGCUUCGCACCACCUACCUCACAUCACCCGCUCUCGCCGCAUAUCAGAGCUCGCUACCCGUAUCCCGAGGUCGCUUCAGCCUUGCUUCCACCACCUCCAACGACGCUGGCGUCGAAGGCGCGCGUCACACCAAGAAGCGAAGCAGCUCGCAGUCCACCUUCUCCUCCAUCUCGGAGUCGGGAGGCAGCCAAAGCGCCUUCGCCAGCACCGAUCCGUCGACACCAUCACCCGCCUACGAGCCUGUCGAGGAUGAGUCGAGUGACCUCGAUGCGCACGACUUCCAGCUUCCGCCUUCGGUCAGCACAGCAAGCUCCGUCAUGCUGCGUAAGAGCUCUGCCGCGUCCUCGUCCUCGUCAUCGCGUGCACGAUCGUCCUCGCGCGCUGCGACGGCUCCCCACCCCAUCAACGCGGAUGGCCGCACACCAAAGUCUCCUCUCUGGUACGCACGCCGACCCAGCAACACCAACGCACGCGGUAGCUACUACACCUCGCCUGCCGUCACAGCCACCACCAUGGUCACCGCCAUCAGGCGAGACCACCGAGCCAGCACGACUCCUUCGACAUCGACAUCGACUGGCACCGAGGACGUGCGCGGACGACCCAGCAAUGCCGAGGCCACCAUGACGCGCAAGUCAGCCAAGGACGUUCUCUCGCAGGCCUUCCAGCUGGCAGCGGGCACCAGUCAGAGCAAGACGUUCGCAGUACGCCGAGGACGCUCCGAGCAGCUCGACACGCGAUCGCCACCUCCCUCGCACUCGCUGGCCUCGUCGGCCGGCAAGACGCUGCGUGGCGGCAGCCCCACCAGCAGCUCGCGAAACUUUAGCCCCAUCAGCACCGAGCUUGGCUGCGACCGAUGCCGCACCAUCUCGAACCUCUCCGGCGAGCACAACGUCUACGGCAGCAGUCUCAAGUCGUCCAACUCGCGUGGCCUCUCCUCAUCGCCUCGUCGCGAGUCGGAGGAGCGAUACCGCAGCAUCAAGCAGUACCACAAGCACUCGCACAGCGCUGCUGCCGGCUUCUUCUUCACGCAUAUGGAGUCGCGUGACGCGCUCGUCGCCGACGCGGACAAGCCGCAAGAGCGCGAGGGCCGUCGCAUCGAGUCUUCCCGUCCCCACCGCGACGCCGCCGUCGAGGACGGACAGCAAGACGUGCGCGCUACUCCCCCGCGUGGCCGAUCCAAGGCUCGUGGCAGGAGUUCGCACCGCCGCAGCCCUAGCCCGCCUCGAGCUGCAGCCAGGCGCGAUUCUUCGCUGGUCGACGAGGUCAGCCGAGCUUCGCCUGCUCCCAUCUCGCCUCGCUCGCAACCCAUCUCGAUCUCGAUGAUGGCCCGCGACGGUCGACGAUCCAGCGGCGACGACGCCUACCACCACGACGAGGAGCUCCGAUCCGCCCUGCCGCAGCGUCCUUCGCCUCUGGCGCUCAUCUCCGAGAAGGAGGUGCUGGGCCACCGCAAGGUUGCCGCUGCUCCUGAAGCCGAUUCCGACGACACGCGUGGUCGUGGUCGCGGCAGGAGCACGCGACGAGGCCGAGGCUCUCAGGAGCGCGGCUCCACCUCGCGCUCCCGAUCGCGCUGGAUCCUGCAGGACUGCGAGGUCACUUGGGGUGGCUACGGUCACCUUGCCUCGGACAGGGGCGAGAAGGAGCUCGUUGCGCCCGCUGCCAAGCCGUCGCGAUCUCAGCGCUCCCGCACCGGCCGCGCCAACCCCGAAUUCACCGACCCAGGCUUUGACGAUGUCGACCUCGAACUCGACGGCGACGAUGAGCGCGACGAGUCCGUCUCGUCUGGCGGAAGCUUCGAGUCCACCGUCGCUCGCGGUCGAACCAGCCUUCGUACCUGA